AUGUAAACAUUCAUCAUGUCGUCUGCUGUGUUUUGGUUUUUAUUUCUGCUCAAUCUGUUUUUGUACACAAGAGGAUUUACUGAAGUCCAGCAACUAUCAGAUUCAUGCUACAAACCAAUGAAGGACCACAGACCAUCAUUCAUUAAGACAUACCCCCGGCCUCAUGAAUAUGUAAACAUCUCUGAUCUCCCCGCCUCCUGGGACUGGCGCAACAUUGAUGGCAAAAACUAUGCGAGCGUCACACGCAACCAACACAUCCCACAGUACUGCGGCUCCUGCUGGGCCAUGGGCGCCACCAGCGCACUCGCAGAUCGCAUUAACAUCAAGAGGAAAGGGGCGUGGCCUUCUACUUACCUGUCAGUGCAGAACGUGAUUGACUGUGGCGGGGCAGGCUCAUGCUACGGUGGAGAUCACAUGGGUGUAUAUGCUUAUGCACAUGAGCACGGCAUUCCUGACGAGACCUGCAAUAAUUAUCAGGCCCGAAAUCAAAAAUGUGACUCAUUUAAUCAGUGUGGCACAUGCUCGUUCUUCGGUUCCUGCUCUAUAAUUAAAAACUACACCGUGUGGAACGUUGGAGACUAUGGAGACGUCUCAGGACGAGAUCGCAUGAAGGCUGAGAUCUACAAAAAUGGGCCAAUCAGCUGUGCAAUAAUGGCCACUAAAGGCCUGGAGGCGUAUGAUGGAGGGGUUUUUGCUGAAUUUCACAUUCUGUCUAUGCCGAAUCACAUCAUCUCAGUGGCAGGCUGGGGCGUCACAGAGGAUGGGACCGAAUUCUGGAUCGUCAGAAACUCCUGGGGCGAGUUCUGGGGAGAGUCAGGCUGGGCCAGGAUUGUCACCAGUGCCUAUAAGGGAGGUAAAGGAAACUGGUACAAUCUCGCCAUCGAGCACUACUGUGCAUACGGAGACCCGAUCGUUACAUAGAUCAGGAGGAGCCAGUUCCUCACAUAGAAUUAGAAUUGACUCCGUCUUGGAAUUGACUUGGGAUCAGACCUUACAGAGCACAGAGAGACUGUUUAUAACUGCUAAGAAAUCGAAUCUAAUUGUUCUGGGUGUAAAUAAUUGUUGUCAUAUCAAAUAUGGGAGAUGUCACAUUACAAUCUUUGUAGCAGAGUGAGAAUGGAAAUGAGUGACGGUACACAAUUAAGUGAUACUUGAUUAUUUUAUUAAAAAUCGUCAUGUAAAAUUUGCCAAACACUUAGGAGUUUUAACAAAGCAAGGAUGGUAACUUUAAUUUAACGUUGAAAUAUUGCACACAUCAUAAAUCAGAAGUCCCCCUAUAAUUGCACUUUACUAUUUGUUUUUGUUCUAAACAGAACAUUAGAACAAAAUGAAACCUCCAUUCUAAAAACAAUUCUGUACUUUUAGCAGUGUAGCAAUUGAAUAGUUUUUUUUUGUUAAUUUUAGUCAUUGAGUGAAUCUCUCUAACCUGCUAAAAAGGUGUCAUUUUUCUCUUAAAGGAAUAUUUUACUCAAAAAUGAAAAUUCAGUCAUCAUUUACUAACCCUCAUUUACUU